AUGUCUGCACAACAUCCCUUAUGUCAGAUUGAAUUGAACCAAGACAUCUCCGAAUACCUCCUGGAGUCUUUAGGAACUAAAAGAGAAAUUCUUUUAACAAGACUGUCCAAGCGCCAGAUUUCCAGACUGGAGUCACUUGCUGGUGUUAUAUUUGAUUUCGAUAGCGAGCUCAAAGAAGAAAAAGAUAUUAUGGACUCGAAAAGAGAUACCAUAAUUAAAUUUAUUAAGCGACACCCAUGGUUGGAUUUGGACCUUUCCGUCCCUUUCGCCUCAUUAUUAAAAACAUUCCACAUUUACAGGCAGCUUUUACAAAAUAAAGGAACAAAUUUGCUUGUAAAUUUGGAUGGAACGCUUGAAGAAACUUACGAACAACCUCCACCAGAUGAAGUAGCUAAUAUUCUUAAGGAAAUAAAUAAUUAA